GAAACUCUCUAAACCAGCAGCGGCGCACUUAGUAUACUUCGUCAAAUACUGUUCAAUGUGCGAGGUUGUGCUGUAAGUUCAGUUCCACCACCAACCCGGACUAGGGAGUUCGUGCUAGGUAAUGUCUUCGAGGGCCGCUCAUUACGUAUCGGUGCGUUUUCAAGACCUGUUGCUUCAAAGUCAAGCGGAUACACAGAGCAUAAUCAAUUCGCGCGCAUCGAUUAAUCCUUAAGAAGAUAGACUUUACAGUGUAAAGAAAAAGGGUAAUCGAAUCAUACACAGGUUUUAAAUUCUAUUGCGGUAUAUUAUAUACAUAUUUGUAGUGCGAGUUUAUUUUUCUUAUAAUUGAAGCUAUUUAGUUUCAAGUUCAAGUUUCAAGUUACAAAAUGUUGAUAAUGAUUUUUCUGACUUCUGCGCUUAUUUGUGGCAGCUUUGUGAUUUAUGGACAAGCACAACACCUGAUUUCUCAGGCGUUGUACCUCGGCGAUCCAGAAUCCUACAACACUACCAAAGAGGACUGCGUGUGGAAGCGAGAGGGUGGAGUAAACUACUGUCCGGAUCCGGCUAUCAAAACCAUCUUGUACACGUCCGGAUUAAUUAAGGAAAAACUAGUUUUUGACAUGAACCAUCCGGACUGGCUGAACGACUCCGAGUGGGAACCGGCGAAGGAGAAUAUAAUUCUAGUUCAUGGUUACGCCGGUGGAGAAGACUCGUUACCGAUUGUGGUGCUAAGAGAUGCCUAUGUGAAUCACGGAGGAUACAAUGUGUUCAUGGUGGAUUGGGGUUCUCUGGGUCAACCGCCUUGUUAUGUUGCGGCAGUGUACAAUAUUAAACCGAUUGCAGUCUGCUUGUCUCAAACUUUUAUGAAACUUCGUGCUCUGGGACUUCCCACGGAGAAAACGACUUGCGUAGGACAUUCACUAGGAGCUCAUAUUUGUGGGCUUAUGGCCAAUUAUUUGAACUAUAGAAUAGAAAGAAUCAUCGGCUUGGAUCCUGCACGGCCUCUCAUCAAACCCGGAAACAUGAAUCGUCUGGAUAGCGGCGACGCAAAGUCGGUUCAAGUAAUUCACACUAACGCUGGUUAUUAUGGGGAAGGAGGACAAGUGGGGCAUAUUGAUUUUUGCAUUAAUGGUGGACGUCGACAGCCCUAUUGUGGAAACAGCACGAAUAUAAACUUAUGCAGCCACAUUUGGUCUGUCUGCUAUUUGGCGCAAUCCUUAUUCGAAGGUUCCGAACCGAUGGCGGAACCGUGUAAUCGAAGAUGUCCGACAAACGUGCUGAUACCUCCCGGCAGGCAAAGAAGAGGCCGCUUCGGUUAUGCGCCAGGGUAUUCUAUUCCCAUGGGACAAAGGACUCCAACGAAUGCCUUCGGCUCGUACUGCAUCAAAGAUAACAUACCGCCAUUUUGUCCAUCCCUUCCUGGUGAACCAGGCGAUAAGCGAUGCUGCAUUUAAUGUUAUAGAAAAUAAUUUCUAAAUAGUUACCCCUUUUCUGGGUUACAACCAAACAUUCGUAUUAAUAGUAGAAUAAUCGGUAACAAACUUUGCAAAAGAUUUUGCUGCAUAUCUGAAAGUUUGAAACAUAGCUGCUAUAUUUCAGUUAGUAAUAAGUACUUUAAAUGGCUGUUAAGUCCGAUUCACACGUUCUGUCUGUUCGAGCUGUUACGAAUUCGUUAACAUAAGUUUUAUGUAAUUGUCACGAAAGCACAAAUUCUUUGUAAUUUUUACUAUCCAUGACAGUGUCAAAACGAAAACUGCAAUAAGUAAUAUGCUAAAGUUCCACGAGACGGCUUCGUUGACGUUGACGCAAACAGAUGUAUCGUCUGAAUCGUACUUUAAUAGUAAAUUUUUCAUCUUCAAUACAUCGAAGCAUUUGGUUAUUUUCCGAUAAAAGUAUCUAUUGAUUAUCUUUAAGUUACUUUGAAGUAACUUUAAAGCACUGACUGCGGAAAUGUUGUGUGCUGCUUAUUUCUACUUAUAAUAUGAUAUAUAACUGCCAAGUAGUUGUUCAUAAAUAGUAAGUAAGAUAGUCAAACUUGUAUGUUUGUACAUAAUUUAUAUUCAAUCAAGAUAUUGAAUUAAGUGCAAAGAAAUUUUUUUUUAUGUUCUG